CAUCUUUGUGCUUCCGAAGAUUCAACAAGUACAUCCGGGUAACCGUGGUGACCUUGGUGAGUUGAUCAUCAUGGCGGCUAUCGUCAGGUUGAGUUCUGUGUGUCGUAGAGGAGUCAAACCUCUGUUUUACCAAAGCACUUUUCUGGCCAGGCCGCUGGUCGUACCGUACAAAUACCAGGAGCAGCCGUACCAGCUGACGGCGAGGAUCCAUUCGUCACAGGCUCUGCACGCGGGUUCUGGCUCUAAAGCCGCCUCUCUGCACUGGACAGGAGAGCGAGUAGUGAGCAUCCUGCUGCUGGCCUUGGGACCUGCAGCAUAUUUUAGUCCCUCUCCGUUCGUCGACUACUCUCUGGCUGCUGCCCUGACCCUGCACGGGCACUGGGGUAUCGGGCAGGUGUUAACAGACUACGUCCAUGGCGACGCAAAGAUCAAGAUGGCAAACGCGGGUCUCUUCCUCCUGUCGACGGUCACCUUCGCCGGCCUGUGCUACUUCAACUACAACGACGUGGGCAUCUGCAAAGCCAUCGCCCUGCUGUGGAGCAAAUGAACAUGACUGUGGACUGGGGAAGUUGGGAGGACCGAGACACUGGGGACGGGAACUGUCUGGUCCUGGCUGAUUGUAAAAAAUCAAGGUGUUCCAUGUAAAUUCUUAUAAAUAUAUAUCAUUUUGACGAUACGACAGCGAUUCACACGUGUGUAGUUGUCAUCAAUGCCCAUCACUUCAGGCUUGUCCAUGUGGUAAGUUCUUGCUCAGUUUAGUUAAACAGGUGUCCGUUUUUUCUACAACAACGAGGGAGUUGAGCCUCCGUUUGGACUCGGAUGUUUCCCUCUAGUUUUUGACCCUUAGCUCGUCCAAAUGUCACGCCCAUUUUCUACAUCACAAUUAUUUACAGGAGACAUGUAUGAUUACAACAAAACAACUUCAUCUUCUUUGGAAGAAGUCCUUUGACAGCUAAUUUAUUGUUUUCAUGUGGCGGAUUUGUUAAAUGGUUUGUUUGGAACACAUUUUGUACAUAAUCUUUUCUUUAAGACCCAUCAGGAAGAA